UUCCCAUCGCGAUUUGCUGUUGACCACCAAACUGACCAGUGGCUGACCUCUCCUAAUCAGACGGAAAUUAAAAAAAGAGAAGCAAAUACAAUUCAUUCUUUCGUCCUGCUAAAAAAAAUAAAAUAAAAUAGCAAAAAAUGUUUUGGACGUCAGAAUAAAUUUGAACAGGGCCCUUUAAGGCGCGACUUGCCUUUGCACAUGGAUCCCAGUUCACAUACGUCUAAGUGGAUGGAGAAAUGUGGUGCUACCAAAAACCAGGGUUUGAAGCCCUCCUUCUCACUGAGCUGCAGAGGCAACAACAGUGCAGCCAGUUCUGUGACACUUUGCUCAAAGCCGGAGGUGUAUCAGUGCCAGCACACAGUUGCAUUCUGUCAGCCAUUAGCCCUCACGUCUCCUCUGCUCUGUCGUCCAUACCGACGCCCCCUUCUGGACAGAGCCGUCUCCUGGAGUUUCAGCCACUGAGAGCCUGCACCCUGCUGCACAUCAUCAGGCUCCUUUACUCUGGAGAGAUGGCCGGGGAGGGGGAAAGCGAAAAGCAGGAGGCCAUCUAUGCUGCAGCCCAGCUUGGCAUCAACGGGUUGGUGGAGGUGACGAAAAGCAGGGGAAGGCUUGGCGGAGGGAUGAAGCAGUACACAGAGGUGGGAGUCCAAACGGAGCCCCUGAGGAUGGAGGAAGAUGAAGGGAGAACGGUCGGGUGGAGAAGAGAAGUGAGGGAUGGGUUCACUUAUCUGUGGAAAGAGAUGCUUUCAGACAGAGGAAGAGACAUGGGGACUCAAACAGAGGAGCAGCUCGUAAACUCAUGCACUCCUGCUCCCCCAGCCGUGACCUAUGAGACCAUCGAUAUCAGUGCUCUCCAGAGUUUAGUGCAGACAGAUGCUCAACAGUUUGUCCCUGUCACAUUGGUCUAUCCGCUAGAUGAAAACCAAGUGGUACAAUGUUCCUCUACUUCUUCAAAAUGUCUGCAAGAAUCCAUAACAUCUGGAAGCACAUCUGUAGCCAUUGUAGCACCACAACGCACACCUGUGUGUCCUCCUCUCCCUCAUUUUUCCACCCAGGCAGCCUCUUGUGUGGCUGACACUCAGAGCUGUGGGGCUGACCCUAACCCUAAGGAGUGGGAAGGCGAAAGGUUGGAGCAGUUUGAGGGAAACAUCGCGGGAUUCAUCAACUACUUCUUGAACCCCGAGAGCAGUGAGAACUCCAGCAGGGGCAGGGGAAGGGGAGGGAGGAGGCCAAGAGGUGCCAGGGGAGCCAGGAUAGGACAGCAGAGAACCAGGAGACCCAAAGGGAGGACAGCAGGGAGGGGACGGGGCAGAUUCACUCAGUUGGUGGAUGUGCAGGAGAUUGGGGUGGGCAAGCUGCAGAAGGUGUUUCUGCACAGGUGGGUGGUGAUAACGCCCAGAACAGGUCAGGGUGGAGGCACAGUGGGCAGAAAAUUGUACCAAAAGCCCAGAGAGGAGCUGGAGCCAGCCCAGAAAUAUCAGAGAAGGAGAGCACGUGGAAAAGUGUUUGAGGUGGACCAGAGUCGGGACGUGCAGCAGGGCUGUGAUGGAGGGGUAACACACACCCAGCGGGGCCGGAGGAACACAACACAGCAGCUUACCAAGGCCAGUCUUUUCUGCAAUCCCUCCCUACCCCCGAUGCUUUCACCUCCCGCGCCGUAUGUUUCCCCAGCAUUGUCCCUGCACCACACCCCCCAGGUGCCUCCUCCAGCUCCUCCGCCUCAUGAGGACCAGCCUGAACAAAUCGAUCGUCUACUGGAAGAAGUCAUGAUGGGCCUGGAUAUUUUACCGAAUAACAAAGCUACCCAUUCACAGUUUCCCCUUCCAACAAGCAGCAACACCGUUAGCUCCUCUGGCAGCUCUGCUGUCCAAAACAAACAACAGACCCAGAUUAUCCGCUCUGGGGUGCCAGUGCUGCAGCAGCAAUGCGAGGGGGAGCUAAAUGACAUGCUGGAAAACCUCCUUCAAUUAUUUGAGCAGCAUGAUGAAAGCAGUAACACCAGGAAAGAGGACGAAACACAAGAUAAGAGUUCUUCAGAGGCCAGUCAGCCACUCGCUGUCCUGAGAAAAGACACAAGAGUCAAGGGUCAUGGGGAAACACCUCGUCUACAGCCUCAAGUCAAUCACUCUCAGACACCUGGAGUACAAAGGGAUGAUGCCGAUCUAUCAAACAACCACCUGCAGACGCAAGAAGCGUCGCCGUGUUCGGCCGUUUUCUCUGAAAACUCUGAAGAGAAAACCAUCCCACUAACAAAGAAACCAAAGAAAAGAAUGACAAACCUGUUCUCAUUAGAGAAGAAGAAGCCAUCAUCACAGGAUUCAAAGGCCACAUCAGUUCAGGAUCAGACAGAGCUGCAGCUGCAGCAGAUCCCGGUGGUGAGACUGGAGAGGAACAGCUUGCUGUCAGUCAGAUCGGUGCUCUGUCAGAGCCCCGAGGAAAAGAGUCCAUCAGAAGCACAGACCUCAGUGAAAUGCUCCCUUUGGGGCCAUUUUGGAAAGAAAUGGGUCACAAAGUCCUACCCAAUCAGGAGCAGACUUAAAGAAGUACAAAUCAAGGAGUUUAUGCCUUUUCUAGAACAGAAACUUGAAAAGAAAGCAGACAAGCCGAGAAGAUGCAGGAGGGGCGGGCCAAAGAAAAAUGAAAAUCUUCUUAGUUCAUCUCAUAUUGAGAGUUCACCAACUCUAGUUCAACCACAGUCUAUGGGUUUCUGUUGCACAAAUGACCAAACGGACAAAAAGCCAGAGGGUCAUAAAGAAGACUUGAUAAAAGAGGUGAAAGGACCCACGGAAAGAGGAAUAAAACGAGGAGUAGAAUCUAUGAAGGAGACCGGUGAUCAUGUCCUUCUAGACAAGAGAAUUUGCUUAGAUCAGACAACUACCAGGGAAACGUUCGCACCGAGCUCUCAGUCUGCAGACUUUCUCUCUGCAGCAGCAACUUUAGAGCAAGAGGAGGUAAUUGACGUAGAAACUGUUUCACUGAGCAGCUCAACAGGUUGUUUACAGGAAGCAAAACAAGUGGAAGAACCAAUCAGCAAAGCUGAGGGAAGUUUAUCAGGUGAAGACACACAGAGUCCUGAUGAGAUUAUCGAUGUGGACGGAGACCAAGAAGACUCUGCUGAGACUAUUUGGUACAAAGAGGAUCAUUCACCCCAGGAGAGGUGCUCUGUUUCACCGUCACAUUCUGACAAAGAGUUCGGUCUGGAAUGGACGGGAAAAUGUGAUAAAGAUACCGAGAUUGAGGAUAUCGAUGUCAUUGGGGGUUCGAGUCCAGCCCCAGAUCCUGUGAUCAUUAGCUGGACAGAGUCCUCAGAAGGUGAGGAGGAAGGCAGAGAAGACGAGGAAGUCGAUGUUGUUGGAGAAAAGAUGGAUGGCACUUCUGUGACGCUCUCUGCUGUGGGUCAAAUGGAGAUCAGCCAGACUGAGGUGCUCUCUUAUUGACCCACAUCCACUUCACUAAUUUUGUGUUCAGGAUCGGUCUAAAUUUAGCCAAACAUGAAAGAGACGUAACAAAAAGUAUUGGUUCAAUGAAUACGUUUAAAAUGUGUUGCUGUUGUUUUAAAUGCUACAGUAUUAUCAGGGAUUUUUGUUGUGAUCCAAACUCUGGCAACAUAAAAAGGAAAGUUAAAUAUAUGCUUUAUAAAGCAAACUGGAAAACAGCAGUAUACCAUUUAAUCUGUUUUAGUCAAGGAACAGGGUUUUUUAAGUUUUCACAGCUAAUUUGUGACUGUUCAGUAGACUGUUCAACAAGGUUUGUUUUAGCUGUAAAGAUCAGUUGGGAGAGUUUUGAAGCCAAAAGAAACAGGUCUUUUAGUGCCUGAAGAAACUAGGAUUGUUAUAUUGGUUGUAAAUAGAACUGAUCAUUUCAGCUCUGCUAUGAUUUGUUAAAUGUUUCAGGACAACAUUCGUGGACCAUGUUUUAUCGUUGUUUGGCAGCGUACACUGUGCCACUUUUCUAGUAUCUGAUUUUGACAAUAAAAAUGUUGUUUUCACAGGA